AUGGGAGCCAAUCGCGCGGCCCUGGCCUCUGCCAAUCACGGCGCUCCCUCCAAUCCCACCCGCGCACAUUUCCAAACUCUGGUUCCCAACCGCGCCGCUCAAAUGUGCCGAGCGCUCUGCCAAUCGCUGGAGGCCAGAGCGGGGAGAGGAUGGAAGCGGCCGCCGAGCCGGCCCGGCCGGCAGACAAAAGAAGUUAAAGAGCCGCGCCGGCGCUCCAUGUCGGCCAAGGCGGCGGCGGCGGGCAGGGCGAGCCGGGCGGCGGGCCCCGCGGGGCGGCCGGGCUGCGGCGCCAUGGAGCCGGCGCUGGGCUGCAAGCGGAGCCCCGGCCUGCGCCUGGCCGACCUGGCCGCCCUGCACGCCGGAGGCGGCGGCGGCUUCCCCCACCCGCACCCGGGCGACGUGGGCGCCUCCGACCCGGCCGCCGCCGCCCCCUUCGGGCCCGAGCACGUGGCGGCGGCGGCGGCGCUCAAGCUGGGCCCGGAGAGCCCCUUCGCCGCCGCCGCCUCCUUCGCGCUGCGCCGGGAGCGGGCCGAGCAGCAGGCGCAGCCCCCGGCCAGCUCGCCCAUGUUCAUCUCCUCGGCCGGCACGUACGCGGCGGGGGGCGAGGCCGCGGCCGCCGCGCUCUUCCCGCCUCUGCCCGAGCCCCCGCCGCCGCCGCCGCCGCUCAACGGGCAGAUGCGCCUGGGGCUGGCCGUGGCGGCGGCGGCGGCCGAGCUCUUCGGGCGGGCCGGCCCCGAGGCGCCCUUCGGGCCCGCGCCGCCGGCCUACCUGGCGGCCCUGCAGCAGCAACAGCAGCAGCAGCAGCAACAGGCGGCGCCCGCCCUGUUGGCUUCCCCGGCGCCCCGCGCCGCCCCGGCGCACCACCAGCAGGCCGCCGCCGCCGCCGCCACGGCCGCCGCCUUCCUGCGCUACAUGCGGCCGCCGGUGAAGCAGGAGCUGAUCUGCAAGUGGCGGGAGGCGCCGGCGCCGCCCUGCGCGCAGACCUACGGCAGCAUGCCCGAGCUGGUGGGCCACGUCACGGUGGAGCACGUCGGCGGGCCAGAGCAGAGCAGCCACGUGUGCCUCUGGGAGGAGUGCCCGCGCCUGGGGAAGCCCUUCAAGGCCAAGUACAAGCUCAUCAACCACAUCCGCGUGCACACCGGCGAGAAGCCCUUCCCCUGCCCCUUCCCCGGCUGCGGCAAGGUCUUCGCCCGCUCCGAGAACCUCAAGAUCCACAAGCGGACGCACACAGGAGAGAAGCCUUUCAAAUGCGAGUUUGAUGGCUGCGACAGGAAAUUCGCUAACAGCAGCGACAGAAAAAAACACUCCCAUGUCCACACAAGUGAUAAGCCAUAUUUCUGCAAAGUCAGAGGUUGUGACAAGUCCUACACACACCCCAGCUCCUUGCGCAAACACAUGAAGAUCCACUGCAAAUCACCCCCACCUUCUCCACCCCCAGUACCUCAUGGCUUGCAGCCCACGGGGACACCACUGGGGGCCCCUCUGUCCCCCCUCCAGGACUCGGGCAGGAGCCGCCCGGCCAACCUUUCUCCUCAGGUUACCAACCUCAACGAAUGGUACGUUUGCCAGGCCACUGGGGUACCCAACCACCUCCAUACGCCAUCUAGUAAUGCCACAUCUUCUGAGGAGGAAGAGGAGGAGGAGGAAGAGACUUAUAGGAACUCUGACACCAGAACUAUUCAUUAA